AUGGCGGAGCACGGCAUCAAUCUGCAACUGGAAAAUGAGAAAGAAAAAGACUACGGCGUGUUAUUGUACUACAAGUACACUUCAAUCCCUGACCUCCAAAGCCUUUUCGAUUUCUACAGUGCAAACUGCACCUCACUCUCUCUCCUAGGCCGUGUUCGCCUCUCCUCUCACGGCGUCAAUGUCACUGUUGGCGGGAGAUUGAGGGCAUUGGAAGAGCACAUUGAGGCGGUGAAAUCUAAUGCUUUGUUUGAAGGGACGGAUUUCAAACUCGCAUCUUGCUUGGAGCCGUUGAACGAUCAAGUGGCUAAAGAGUGCGGCUUCACUUCUCUCUCUAUCCGGAUAGUUAAGGAAUUGGUGACUUUAAGUUCUCAUCCCCUGUUAAAGUCCCCAGAAAUUUCAAAUGCUGGGAGGCAUCUGUCGGCAGCUGAGUUUCAUUCCAUCCUUCAGAGUGCUGGGAAAUGCCAAGAUGAAAAUUCUAGCUGUGACAAAAAGUUGAUACUAUUAGAUGCAAGAAACUUGUACGAGACUAGAAUUGGAAAAUUUGAGACUCCAGAUGUCAAAACGUUGGAUCCCGAAAUUAGACAGUACAGUGACCUGCCCUCCUGGAUAGACAACAAUUCUGAGAAAUUACGAGGAAACAAUAUCCUUAUGUACUGUACUGGAGGAAUUAGAUGUGAAAUGGCAUCAGCCUACAUCAGAUCUAAAGGUGCUGGUUUUGAAAAUGUUUUUCAGUUAUAUGGUGGGAUUCAAAGAUAUAUGGAACAAUUUCCAGACGGAGGCUUUUUUAAAGGGAAGAACUUUGUUUUUGACCAUCGGGUUUCAGUUGGGAGCUUAGAUUCUAAGAUCUUGGGGUCUUGCCUCCUAUGUGGUAUCCCAUUUGAUGACUACACUUCACGUUGCCGGUGUAUUCACUGUAGAAUGCUAGUGUUGAUCUGUGAUGGUUGUCGGGAAAUAAGUUCUUCCUAUGUUUGCGAGUUGUGCCAGAAAAAUGGCAAGCCUCUUUGCCCCAUUUCUGUUGUAGACUAUAUGUCAGAAGAGGAAUUUCAUGAUCAUAAUAUAAGCACGGAUCAACCCACACGGGCUGGAGGUGAACAUCAUCUAACCACGACUAAGCCAACUCGAAAACUCCGAAUCCUAUGCUUGCACGGCUUCCGACAAAAUGCAUCAAGCUUCAAGGGACGGACAGCAUCAUUUGCUAAGAAACUCAAAAACAUUGCAGAAUUUGUUUUUCUCGAUGGCCCACAUGAACUACCCUUCAUCUACCAACAUCAAAACAACCCACCCAAUAACCAUUGCAACAAAAAAUUUGCAUGGCUGGUUUCUGCAGAUUAUGAUAGCAAUUCUAAUAAUCCCGAAUGGAAAAUGGCUGAAACCCCAUUCGACUCUCUCCAGUACCAGCAGCAAACCUCGGGGUUUGAUAAAUCGAUUGAUUAUUUAAAGACAGUAUUUUCUCGAGAAGGGCCGUUUGACGGGAUAUUGGGGUUCUCACAAGGAGCUGCUAUGGCUGCAUUGGUGAGUGCAUGCAAGGAGAAACUCAAGGGAGGCGUAGAUUUUAGGUUUGUGAUUUUAUGCUCGGGUUUUGCUGUUAAUAUGGAAGAGUUUGCCCCGGAGGGGUCGAUUAACUGUCCUUCCCUUCACAUUUUUGGUAAUAAAGAUGGUAGAGACAGGCAGAUAGAUUGUCGAGCAAGUAGGCACCUUGCUUCGUUUUUUGAGAAAGGAUGUUCGGUUGUUGUUGAACACGACCUCGGGCAUAUUAUCCCAACACGGUCGCCAUAUAUUGAAGUGAUCAGAGAUUUUCUUGGUCGGUUUCUGUAG